AAAUAGCGCUCACUCUCACUCUCACUCACUACUCACAAGUCACAACUUUCAACUCUUCAAUCCCAAAAUUUUUGAAAAUAUCAAAAUUUCGCACUCAUAUUUGAACUUUUAGUACCAAACAAGCUUCGUCUGUCUGGGUGAUGGACACGGUCGCCACAUCUUUGGCAGACGACGAGGAGUGGGAACUCUAUAACGACGAUGGCUUCGUCUACAAGCGCAAGAAGCGCCGCCUCAACCCAGAUGAAGCCGCGUUGGCGGCUCGGCCACCGAGUAUGGAUCCCGAGGCGGAGGAGAGGAACCGGAGGGAGCGGAAGAGGAAGACUUUGCUGAAGCUGAAAGAGCGGUACCAGACAGAGAUCGACCGGUGGGAGCUCUUGUCGAACACCUUGCGUGCAAUGGAAGAGAGAGCGCGUCAACGACAAGAACAUGAAGAUACGCCGUCGUUUAGUGCUUUGCCUUUGUCUUCGCCCGAGAUUGUUAAUGGGUCACUCGUGGAUGAGCUUCUCUUGCAGGUGGAGGCCCAGGAAGCAAUAAUUCGUGAUGUUUCGAAUUUAUGUGAUGUAGCAGAAGCAAUGUGCAAUGCACAAGAGGAGCAAAUGAAGCAAUCUUUUAUUGAUCUUCCGAUUUGGGCUUCACCGCAUGAGCUUAUUGCAUCACUUUGUGUUGAUUGAGUUUCUUCUGGAUAGUUUGUCAUGUUAUGCUCUGGAAAGAAAAAAGGUAAAGCCAGGUCUUCCACUGGUAUUUAUUAUCUUCACCUGUAACUAUAAUUUUAGUGCUCCAAGAAGGCCUUACUAGUGUAUUCUGCUGUCAUUACUUUCAGACAGAUAGGGAAUUUUUUUAGUUUGUUUAUUCGUCGUUAGAUAAUGUGAUUUAGUAGGAGUUGUGUAAUUGAACUAACCAUCUGUUGAAUGAAUAGAAGAUGGAGAAUAUGCUCAAAAUGAGGUUGAGAAAAUUUGUGUCCUGGAGUAACUUCUGUGAAGUAGUAUCAGAUCAAACUUUGUGGUGUAUAUGCAUGUAUGAUUUCUAAUACAGUUUCUUAUCAAGCUUUUCAGAUA